CACACAGCUCCAAGCUACCAACCCGAGCCUGUGCCAGCGCACGAGCACGUCCAUGACCAGUGCGCAGUCACAGUCCCUCAUUGCUGAGCGGAACUCUGCCUACUUGGAGUACACACGUCAGGAGACCAUGACGUGGCACGAGAGCCUUCAUGCAUACCAUCAGCAGAGAGAUCGCACGUUGCAACACUUCCUUGAGGAAAUGGCGGCCGGCAGGGUUCCUCAAUUGCAACCAGCACCAUCUCCUCCACCACAACCAGUGCUUCUUACUUUUGAAGGAGUUUCUGACACAGAACCCUGGCCCCUCGCCGGGAACUGGUGGAUCUACCGUUGGUGGUGGUGCUGGUCUUGGCAUCACUCCCGAGUCACGGAGCCCGGUCACUCCUAUCGACGGAGGCGGCGGCGGUCUUGGCGGUAGCGCUGCCGCUAGCAGUGAUGACCUAGGCUUCAGCGGACUUGGCGGUGAUGACCUUGGCGGUGGUGGUGGAUGUCCUGGCACUUAAGCCUUUGGGUGAUGGUGGUGGUGAUCAUAAACUUGUGUUCUUUAGAUGACUUGUGGUCUUUUAUGGUCUUUUAGAUGACUUGUGAUCUUUUAGAUGACUUGUG